CUACUCUAAAAGUAUACAUGUUUUUGUAUCUAAAAAUGCUUAUAGAUUUAUUAAAAAGAGUGCAAUAACACAUUUGUCCUCCAACAGGAGACUGACACGUCUUGGACUUCACACUGAGGCAAACCCAAUGAGCACUGAUGCGUCAACCUAGAAAUCCACAAUCUUUCAACUCUGGACUGGAUAAAUUCCCUUAAAUUGGAUUAAACACUAAUCAAAUGGAAAUACAGCCAUUUAAACUUUAUUGAUGGUCAAGCAACAACAUGUGAAAAACACACCAUCUGAAAGUAGUGUGUUAGAAUACUUGGCCUCAACAUGGCAGCCAAUGGCCUAAGGGGCUCUCCUUCAAUUCCAAAAACCCUCCCACCCAAGAAGAGGAAUUCAAGAGAAAACUCAAAUGAAGCUUCAGCUGACCCGGUUUUCAAGACGCCUUCUCCUUUCUGGAAUCAGAAUAACCUCAGGAGAUCCAGGAGGACACGGGAACCAGCAACUCAACUCUCUUACAUCAAUCUUCAUUCCGCAGCUACAUAUCCACUGUGGACUGAUGCUGGCUGUGCCUCAAACCAAGUUCUUUUACACCCAUUAGGUGGCAAUGGUACUGUCCCUUCAUGGGGUCCAUAUUUUGAAAGAGGCGAACAGCUAUUAGGUGUGUCGAACCAUAAUAGGAAUGAUCCGAUGAGUGUCCAUGAUUUUUAUGGAGCUUCUUCCUACUGGAGCUACAUUCCUCUUACAGAACAAAGAGAUACGCUAUUUAAAAGCUAUGGAAGGUUCUCCAAUCAGUCCAAGCCAAAAAUCAUAAAGCCUGUACCUCGGACUUUGCAGUCUCAUUACACCAGAAGGGUUCUUCAUAAAGAUGCCCCAAGUGGGCACUUUGACGUGGGGAGUGUGAGCGGUGCUCAGUGGGAUGAGAGACUACAGAAUGAGAGUGCUAAAAAUGAUACAAGGAUGAGGAAGAGGGACUACACAAGAGAGGGAAUGAAGCAGAAUUCUGGUCAGUUUGCUGAGUCCGGAACAGAUCUUUCCAGACACAAAUAUUAUUCAGAGUUUAAGGACUUAUCACAAGCAAGCACUGCCAAGACAGAAGAUCUCCAGCACCAGCGGUUUCCUGUUAUUCACCAGUCUUGUUCCAACAAUGAGCCACUAAAGUCAGGGACUGAAGUGACUAUGAGAGAUGAGCACCCUCUGCUGGCCAGGAGUGAAAAAGCAGAGACACAAGAGCAGCAACUUGCGUUACCUUCCUCUCAGCAUUUGUCACGCUAUUUUGAGGGCUCUCUGAUUGAGCUUGCUGGGGGUCGGCUGAAGCGUGUAGAGGACUUACAGUUGGAGGAUUUUGAGUGCUGUACUACGUCGUGCCCAGACUUAAGUCUGACGAGGUUCACUGUGAAGAAGAUCACAUUCUCUGAUAAACCUGGAUUGAUCUGUUUGGAGGUACAGGUUGAGGAUAACCUCCAUGCCAAGAUCGCGCUGGAGGUGUGUGAGGAGUACCCGCUCUUUGUGUGCGGUCGUGGUUGGUCUUCUUGCAGCCCUGACAGAACCGCUAAUCUUUGCUACCUCCGCUGCCAACAGCUGCACCUGGGGGACGUGUGCCUGGCUCUAACACCUGUACCUGUUCCACCUGCUGAGCCUGCUCAUCCUGGCACAGGUGUGGGUGAUGUCAGCAUUCUGAAUAGUGCAGAGGGAGCAAAACCGAGUAAACUGAGAAGGAGACACAGUUCAGCCCCAGAACUCAGAAACACACAAUAA